AUGAUUCCGGAGAACAGCGUAAGCGCGUAUGGACUUCUUGGAAAUUACGAAGGCUCGAGAUCACCGCCCGAUAAUUUAGUAAAGUCCGUAACUGCCCUUCGCGGCUUUUUCUCUAAUUUUUCUAUGACGUAUUCAGCUGCCCAUGAUUUGAGCCUGCAGUUAACGCCGAUAUUACUCAUGAAUCAACGUCACUUGAUAAUCGUAAUUAGCAACAUCAAAUUAAAGACUCGUAUCAACAUUAUUUUUCAAGUUUCUGUUAAUGGUUUUAAUGAAUUCCAUAAGUUUAGUACAUAUAUACUGAAGGAUUCAAGCUGUAAACCUGAAACAGCGGCAUUGGAGACAGACCAAAGAAUGAAGAAAAAAAAACAUGAAACAUCUGUUUGUUAAUUCUGCGAUGCCUUGAUGAAAAUACAGAUAUGAAAAACAGCAAGUCAACUAAAAUAAAGCAUUACACCAGUUACAAAGACCGAAGAGCCAUGAUUUUUUGCAUCAAUAUUUUUAAUUUGGUGCCAUUUAUAACGAAACUUUUAGCUUGAUAAAUACAGAAGAAAAUAUAUCGAGAGCCUUCUGACUCCUAAAAAAACGAUAAACACAUGAAAACCAAUUUUUAUAUGACGAGCAAUAAACCAUAAAAGCUUACAAAAACGACGAUGUGAAUAUUGAUCUUUUGUUAUAGUUCUUCAUGGAAUCCAUUAUGUACAAUUGUUCAUUGUUAUCGAAAAUGUAAGAUAGUAAACAAAAACGAAUUGUUAGGAAAUUGUAAGACUAGACAGUGCAAAUAAAAACUUUAAUAUUUUUGAUGCAGUGAAAAAUAUAAACAGCAUCUUGCGGGGAUAUGGA